AUAUAAUGAGUAAUGACAGAUGCCCGCCGCCCCUAAUUGGAACUACACUUCACUGCCGGCGGUUUCUGGCGCCGCAAAAUGGCCUCCUUCCUCCGUACGGCUCGGAAGCUCGCCUCUUCAUCCUCGCAGUACGGCCACCUGAAAUGGCCACCAUCCACCACUCGAAAUGCUGCUGCGUCUCGCGCGCCGCCGCGUCCCCCGAUUUCCGACAACAGCAGUAACCUCUUCGCCGGGAAAACCAACGGCGUUACGAGAAUGUUGCCGUGCUCUGCGCCAAUCUCCAGUAGCUACGACCGCAGAUGGAGAACGAGAAGGGUUGGUGUGAGGAAGGGAAACGCCGCGGCGGUGGAGUUAGCGUUGAACUCAGUGGUUAAGGUUUUCAGCGUUUUGUGCAGUCCCAACUACUUGCUUCCAUGGCAGAACAAGUCUCAGCGUGAAACCAUGGGUUCUGGGUUUGUGAUUCCGGGCAGGAAGAUUCUCACGAAUGCUCAUGUGAUAGCUGAUCAUUCGUUUGUGCUUGUUAGGAAGCAUGGUUCUCCCGCCAAGUAUAGAGCAGAAGUUAAAGCUGUUGGUCACGAGUGCGACUUAGCUAUACUCGCUGUUGAGAGCGAAGAGUUUUGGGAUGGUAUGAAUCCAUUGGAGCUUGGAGACAUCCCGUUACUACAAGAAGCAGUUUCUGUUGUGGGAUAUCCUCAAGGUGGUGACAACAUUUCAGUCACUAAAGGGGUUGUCUCUAGGGUUGAACCUACACAAUAUGUUCAUGGUGCCUCCCAGUUGAUGGCGAUACAGAUUGAUGCAGCCAUAAAUCCAGGGAACAGUGGUGGCCCAGCAAUUAUGGGCAAUAAGGUUGCUGGAGUAGCAUUCCAAAAUCUUUCAGGAGCUGAGAAUAUAGGUUACAUUAUACCUGUACCUGUAAUAAAGCAUUUUAUAUAUGGUGUAGAAGAAAAAGGAAAGUAUACUGGAUUUUGCUCUCUGGGUUUGUCGUGCCAGCCAACUGAGAAUGUUCACCUCAGAAACCAUUUUGGCAUGCAACCUGACAUGACAGGGGUGCUAGUAAGCAAAAUUAACCCACUUUCAGAUGCACACAAUGUUCUGAAGAAAGAUGAUAUUAUACUUUCAUUUGAUGGAGUGCCUAUAGCAAAUGAUGGUACAGUUCCUUUCCGAAAUAGAGAGCGGAUAACAUUUGAUCACUUGGUGUCUAUGAAGCAGCCAAAUGAAAACGCAAUAGUCAGAGUUUUGCGGGAUGGGAAAGAGCAUGAACUUAAUAUCAUUCUCAGACCUCUCCAACCCUUAGUUCCAGUUCAUCAGUUUGAUAAACUUCCAAGUUAUUACAUUUUUGCUGGUCUGGUAUUUGUUCCGCUAACUCAACCAUACCUUCAUGAGUAUGGAGAAGACUGGUAUAAUACAUCACCUCGUCGUUUGUGUGAACGAGCCCUGAGGGAAUUGCCCAAGAAAGCAAAUCAACAACUUGUGAUCCUAUCUCAGGUUCUUAUGGACGAUAUCAAUGCUGGAUAUGAGCGUCUUGCAGAACUACAGGUUUUGAAGGUUAAUGGAACAGAGAUUGACAACCUAGAACAUUUAUGUCAACUUGUUGAAAACUGUAGCACAGAGAGCGUGCGAUUUGAUUUGGAAGAUGAUCGUGUCAUUGCCUUGAACUAUGAAGUCGCAAAAGUUGCCACUUCUAGAAUUUUGAUGCGUCACAGAAUACCUUCAGCAAAGUCUGUUGACCUUAUUGAUACACAAAAUAGUUCACAAUCUGAACUAGCUUCCCAAUGUUGAGACUCUUAACAAAUAUUAUUCAUUUAGGUAUCAUUGCGUGAUAGUUUCAAUGCAAGGAUCAGAUUGAUAUUUACUUGGCAUUGUCACACACAAGUUGAGAAUUUUCAUUUGUGCUAUAUGAUUAUAUGAAUUUCUAUCCCCAUUUACCACAACGGGGUAUUUGCUCA